AUGGCCGACGACGACACUCUUAACACAACAGCAACGACGGGCGGCGGCAUCAUCUUCGACACCUACACGGACUGGUGGGUCUUCCUGACCAUCACGGUGGUUUGUUGGAGCGUGGUUUAUGGGGUGGUGUCCAAGUCGAUGCGGGACUCUGCCGAGCGCGAGCGGGCGGCGUGAGACAUGGACAAGGAGAAAUUCGUGCUGCGUUUGGUAGCGCUCGUCCUGUUCAUCACGCUGCUGACGCCAGACAUACGCGCGCCGCCCGCAGACGACACACCAGUAACCUGCACACAAGACGACCUGUCGGAGGCCCUGCGGCGCUUCGAAUCGACCAUAAAGGCACAAAAAGCUAUCAUUGUCGUGGGCGCCGAGGGCUCGGGCAGCAAGCUGGCCGCGCUCGCCGCCGCCCAGGCGUUGGAAGGAGCCGCCUUCCGGUCCCCGAGCUUCCCGCCGCCCUACGACCCAUCCUGCGCCGAGAGUAGGGGUGUGUGGAAGACCUGGGACGGCCACGGUAUACAUGCGAACUUCUGCGCGGCGUCGGCCGUUAUACAUAGGUCGCUGCCGCAUGCGAAUUGCUUCCCCGACGUGCGGAGUUUAGUGAGGGAGCUGAAGGACGACUAUAGGUUCGAAGAGGUGUUGGUCGUCGUCGCGGCGCGGGAUCCAUCAGCUACACUGCGGACGAAGGCGAGGCACCACCAGCGGAAUGGUGGAGUGGCGGCGCGCGAGCAGCGCCUCGCCUUUGAUGUUUUGAGAGGGUUGGUCAACGAUCCACCUUGUGGGGUCUUCGUCUGGAGCUACGAGGCCUUUUUGGUGCUCGGGGACGCGUACGGGAAGCAACUGCUCGACGCCUUAAAGCUGCCGCGGCCGUUGGCGAGCGAGCCCACACCCGAAUUGCCAUUGCCGACCUACGACGGCAACCGCGCCUACGCGCGGCGGCGGCGGCCCUGGGAGCUCCUCCGCGCCGCGGCUCUUUCCAUCGUCGCGCCGCGGGCGCCCGCGUAUGUUGCGGGGGCGCGGGCGGAGCUGAGGUAA